AUGUCGAGAUAUGCCAAGUUCAUGAAGGACUUGGUAACAAAGAAGAGGUCAAUGAACUGUAAGACGAUCAAAAUGACACAUCAAGUGAGUGCCAUUAUGCAUUCCAUGGCUCCAAAGCUAGAAGAUCGUGGUGCCUUUACAAUUCCAGGCACUAUCGAUAGUGCCAAUUUCCCCAAAGCCUUGUGCGAUUUGGGAGCAAGCAUUAAUUUGAUGCCAUAUUCUGUGCCAAUCAUAUUGGGGAGAUCUUUCGUAGCAAUAAGGAAGGCAUUGGUUGAUGUGGAAGCUGGCGAGCUCACCUUCUGGGUGGGCGAUGAAAAUGUUGUGUUCCACAUGUACAAGUCAAUGAGGCAGCCUAAUAGCAACGAAGUAUGCUCUUUUGUGGAUCUUGUGACGGAGGUGCUUGUUGAUGACACGAGUGCUAUGAUCAAUGUGGAAGACUCUCUGGAAGCUGUGUUGUUGAAUCAUGAGGAUGAUGAGAAGGCGGGCUUGAUAGAAUGUGCAAAUGCUUUGCAAGGAAUGGGAUCUUAA